AUGCUGGGUCACACACUCGCUUGUUACUUGAUUUGCGCUGUCGUCGCAGAAGCGCUGCCUCAAAGCUUCGUCCUGGACAAGGGCACCAUCGAAGGCGCCGUCCUUGAACCACCUCCACCAGAACCACUGCUCAAUACCAGCAGCGAAACUCUCAGCUCGGCUACCACCUCUCGAACAACAUUACUCACCUCACUUACGUCCACGCCUGUACAUACAGCGGCGGCUGACUCGACCGUCACCACCGCCUUAAACGGCACGACAAGCGCCACCUGCCUUCCAACCACGACAGUUGUGAUCACCCUGCCAAACCCUACACCCCGCCCAACCACUGCCUCAGGGCGCAGCGACGACGAAGACACCUUGACCGAUGACGAGCAAGAUGCUGCCGCAACACCAUUCGACACCGCCGCCCCCGAGCCCAUCUCCAAAUGGCCACACUGGUUCACAGCCGCAACAUUCACACUCGUGUUCUACGACAUCCUCACUCUGGGCAUCUUCCUCUGGCUAUGGAUAUUCGGAUACUUAUGGUGGUUUCGCCCGGGCGAUAGCCGAGGCAGUGGCAGGGAGAGAGUAUGGCAGCGAAGAGGCGUCGUGAGUGAGGGAACGGAAAUGGCGAGGAUGGAUAUGGGGAGGAUGGACAGGUUUGGAGGAGACCGGUUUGGGCGGUAUGAGAGGACGAGCGAGUGGGUGAGGACUGGACGCGGGUAUGGGAGGGUAAGGAGUGGGAGCUGGGAGAGUAUGAGGGAGGCGGAGUUGGAGGGAGAGAUGAGGAGGUUAGGUAUGAUCUGA